GAAUCAGGGAGUCCAGUCGUUGCCAAAGUAACAGGAACCAGCGGGGGAGGAGGCCUAAAUUCUAUCUCCAUGGAGACUGCAGGGGCUGAACACCGACACUGCUAAUAUUGGACACAUCCCAAAGGUCAGCCAAGAUCGGGAGGUCAGUAGAGAACAGGUUAACGACACUGCCCUCAUCCCUCCUUUGCGACCCGUUCUGAGGCCUGGCCCUAGAAUUUUAGGGCUGGGGAAUAGGAGAGCUUGAGCUGGGGAAGUGGACAGUGGUCGGUGACCUCACGAAUCCUUAAACCCCAGGCCUCAACCCAUGACGCCCAAGAAGAAACGGAUCGCUGGGCGCCGGGGCGAAGGUGCUGAGCUGCCACAGUCAGAGCGCUUGCAGUACCUUCAGCGCGAGUACGCGCUACUCUCAGAGCAGCUGGAAGCCUAUGAGGAGCGCGUGGACCAAGUGCUGCGGGAAAACGCCUUCCUGGACCGCGAGGCGCAGCGCUUGCGCGAGGAGAACCGACUUUAUGCCAGCUAUGUGAGCGCCCACGCGCAGCGCAGUGCCCAAGCCAUCGUGGGGUUGGACGAGCAGAACCGCGUGGACUUGGCGCAGAUACAGGGGCAGCGAGCUGAGCUCGCUUCGAUCUACCGUGGGCGCGAGGAAGGGGUUCGUGCGCAGCUGCUGGACAUGGAAGCACGCGCGGCCCAGACGGUGCAACGGGUGCAGGAGCUGCAGCCCUACAAGGAGUUGCAGUUGGAACAACUGGCGCGGAUCCGGACGCUGGAGCGUGAGCUGCUACACCAGCGCGUGGAGCACACUGAGCUCCUGCAUCGCGAGAAGCGUCGCUUCUUGCAAGACAAGGCGGCCUUUGAACGAGAGGCGCGCCAGAGCGUGCAGACCCUGGCAAGGCGCGCCGAGCGAGAUGCUGUACGUGCGCUCAUCGCACACACGCAGGCCAUCAAGGCUGACAACGGAUACCUGCGGCAGGAGCUGCUGUGGCUGCUCCGCCGGGCCCAGCUACUGCGCGACAUGCGAUACCAGCUGCUUCAGCAGCGUGAGCAGCUGCGGCAUGAGCACGAGGACACGAAAAGCCUAGCGCGCCUGCACAGCUGGCUGCGCAGGGGACCCGAGGGCCCGCCGCUCUGGCAGCCGCCCACCCCUUCCCAGCCUACCUCGCGCCCUGCGUCGUAUUCUUCCACAGGCCCCUCACGUGUGGCCUCCAGGGCCCCAUCUGUAGCCCGGCCCCAGGUACCAUGGGUGGUCUCCUCAAGGACAGCUUCCAGGGUUCCCUCUUUGCGACCGCACGCGACUUCUCAGGUCCAGUCCUUGGUCCCAUCUCUAGCUGUUUUGCAUGAGGCCUCUGGCCCCUGGUCCCCGCCCCCAUCCCAGACAGGGUUGAGCUCAGGCUUCCAGGUCGCAUCCCUGACCCCCUCCUCAAGCUCCAAAACCUUGUCUCUAACGCAGUCACUUGAGGGCUCUGGACACUCCGCCCUUCCAGAUACUUCACAGAACAAGCUCCCCUGUGGCAAGUCCAGCCCCAAGCUUCCCUCAGGGCUGGCCCAGGGUGCAGCUUCUCUUAGCCCACAGUCAGAGGGUGUAGACUCUGUUGCUGCACCAGAGGUUGCCCCGGGGCAAUUCUGAACCCUACCUAGAAGGCCUGUGUUGGGGAGACCAGCAGAUAGCUUCCCUGGUUCCCAUGAAUGGCAAUAAAGGUGUGGCUCCAUGCC